UUCGCAGCCGUGCGCCCGGGCACUCUCCUCGCUCUGGGCUUCUCCAGAAACAGGACCUUCAGAUUUUCUGCAGAGACAGCAGGACGUUUCCCCAUGUUCCAUGAGGUGCUGCGGGGCCCGUUUCCAUCCAGAGUGCUGCCUUUUCUGGCAGCAGUGCUUUUCCAAAGGAAGGAGAGGAAGGACACUGGCUUCUAUCACUGGCGGGUGUCCUGGACUGCAUGAAAGUAAAGAUUGCUGGGUCCUAUAGCUGGGAUGACUUGUUCCACAGCCACUUCCAGCUGCAUCAGCAGGCAGUUUUUUGCAAAGUUAAGAACACCUUCCACUAGACCACAUUUCUCAAAGCUCCUGCUUGCCCUUGAACACUUCCAGGACAGGAAUGACCAGUCACAGCUUCUCUGGACAACCUCUUCCAGUGCCUCAUCUGUCAAUCUGCAGUAUUUUGUUUGGGAAAAGCAUCCUUACUACAACCUAACAGUCAAAGUCCUCCGAGCCAGAAACAUCAAGGGUACAGAUGUGUUGUCCAAGGCAGACUGCUAUGUGGAGCUAAAGCUGCCCACUGCAUCUCCCAGGGUCUCCAGAACUCAGGUUGUUGACAACUCUGAGAACCCAGAAUGGAAUGAAAGUUUCCAGUAUCGGAUCCAUAGCGCUGUCAAGAACAUUCUGGAGCUGACCCUCUAUGACAAGGAUGUCCUUGUCAGUGAUGAGCUCACCUCUGUUGUCUUCGACGUGGGGGGCAUGAGGCCGGGGGAGCCCCUGCUGCACACCUUCAGCCUGGACGCCGAGGCUAAUGAAGAGCUGGAUGUAGAGUUUUUCUUGGAGAAAUGCUCAGAUGCCCCUACAGAAGUAUUGACCAACGGAGUCCUUGUGGUUCAUCCUUGCUUGUGUCUGCAAGGCACUGUCAACAAAGAGGAAAAUGCAAAAGAAAAGCAGCAAGGAUGCUGUGAGGUCAAGGUGUCUGUCCCAGGGGCAUACCAAAAGCAGUUGUCUAUUCCUUGGACACCAGACAAGGAGAGGGAUUAUGGAACCUCAUUUGUCUUUCAUGUGGAUAAAGAAAUGUGUUCAGAAUUGCAAGUGGAGUUGCAGCAAACCAUAUCUGUCCUACAGGAUGGCGUGAACCCUGAUAUUGAAAAGCACACUACAGUUCUGGGACUAGGGGCUGUACCAGUGAAUUCCCUUCCUAUUGGAGAAAAAGUUGAUAGAAUAAUUUCCUUGGGAGAGGGAAAAAGUUUGGAUAUGAGUUUGAAAACUGAAGAGAGCUCUUGGGAUCUUGAUAUACGUCUCGGUUUUGAUCUCUGUAAAGAGGAGAGAGAAUUUUUGGACAGAAGGAAGAAAGUAGUUUCUGAGGCACUGAGGAAGACUCUUUGCUUAAAAGAAUCCCCUCCAAAAGAUGAGGUUCCAGUUGUAGCGGUGCUGGGCUCUGGAGGUGGGAUGAGAGCACUGACGUCCUUCUAUGGCAGCCUUGCUGGGCUGCAGCAGCUGGGCCUUCUGGAUGCUGCAAUAUACCUCUGUGGGAUUUCUGGCUCCACCUGGUGUUUAUCAACACUGUAUCGAGACCCUGACUGGUCACAGAAAGACCUUCAAGAUGCAAUCAGAAGAGCUCAGGACACUGUGUCCAGCAGCAAAGCAGGGGCAUUUUCCCCAGAACAGCUGAAAUACUAUUUCCAGGAGCUGAAUGCAAUGGAGAUCGCAGGACGGAAGGUUUCCUUUACAGAUUUGUGGGGCCUUAUUGUGGAAUAUUUCCUACAACAAGAGGAAGAUCCAUCAAAGCUGUCUGAUCAGCAAGAAGCAGUGAAAUGGGCCCAGAACCCUUAUCCUAUCUAUGCAGCUGUCAAUGUGAGACCCAAUAUGAGCAGUGGUGACUUUGCAGAAUGGUGUGAGUUCACUCCCUAUGAAGUUGGGUUUCGCAAAUACGGAGCUUUCGUUCGAACAGAGAAUUUUGACAGCGAGUUCUUCAUGGGACGGCUCGUCCAGAAACAUCCAGAGCCCAGGAUUUGUUUUCUACAGGGAAUGUGGGGCAGUGCCUUUGCUGCAAGCUUGGAUGAUAUCUGCCUGAAGGUGGUUGGUAUAGGACUGAGCUUUCUAGAUUCUUUCAAAGAUGUUAUCAAAGUUGUAGAUGACUGCCAAAGAUUCCAUUUACGAGACCCAGCACGGCUGAAGACUCGCUUGGUUAUACCUGGGGGCCCCUUGUUACAAAUUUUUCAGGAUUUCUUCAUGUCCCGGGUCACAUGUGGAGAAACCUUCAACUUCAUGAAGGGAUUGUAUCUUCAUAAAGAUUAUGUUAACAUCAAGAAAUUUGUGACUUUGAGAGGGACUCACCUGGAUGCAUUUCCCAACCAGCUGACUCCCAUGGAAGAGAGCUUGUAUUUAGUGGAUGGUGGCUUUUCCAUCAACUCUCCCUUUCCUCUGGUACUUCAGCCAGAGAGGGAUGUGGAUGUUAUCCUGUCAUUCAAUUUUUCCUGGGAAGCUCCAUUUGAGGUUCUAGAGCUGACCCAGAAAUACUGUGAGGAGCGGGAAAUUCCUUUCCCAAAAAUCAAAUUUAGUGAGGAAGAUGAAAAAAAGCCAAAAGAGUGUUACAUGUUUGUGGAUGAUAAUAAUCCAAAGGCUCCAAUUGUACUCCAUUUCCCACUGGUGAAUGACACCUUCCAGAAAUACAAAGCUCCAGGAGUUGAACGUGAGUCAGAAGAAGAGAAAUCCUUUGGUGACUUUAUCAUUGAGUCAAAUGAUUCCCCUUACCGUACCCUGAACUUCACCUUUGAGCCAAAUGACUUCAGCAGGCUGGUGGAAGUGAAUCGCUACAAUGUUCUGAACAGCAAGGACACUCUCCUCAGAACCCUAAACCUGGCUCUGCAAAGGAGGAAGUUGAAGAAGGUCACCAAGAAGUCAAAUACCUGAGCUGUUUCCGAGGCUGAGGAUGCAGAGAGGCUGCAGUGUACGAAAGCCGUGAGGUUCAAAACAGAGUAGUGACAGUGGAUAGCUGGAAACUCUCUUCCUGGGAAGGGAGAAGUACACCUGACACUGAAAACUCCUUCCAGGUCAUGUGCUCUGAUGAAAACUCAAGGGAUAUGCAGUACAACAUGGAUGUUGCAUCCUUGUGUUGGGAAGAGUGAGGAAUUACCCAGCUCAGUAUCUCAAAUCACAGUGGCUCAUUCCAGAUGAUUUGAGAGGUCUAUACAAACCAUUUGAGCAUCUGGAGAAUAAGCUUCCAGACCAUACUGAGUAAUGCACCUCUUUUUUGUCAAAGGUGUGUUGGUGUUUGAGGAAACAGAUUCCUUCUGUACUUUUAUCUCUUGCUUAUGAACCUCCCUUCAUGAACUUUUACAACUUAUGUCAUCAUAAGAAGAACUCCACAGAUAAAAAUGGCACAGAGAGGAAAUGGCUCCUCUUGCUUUCACCUUGCUACUGUCUGAUGCCCAUGUGCUUUCAAGACUAAACAGUCUUUACCUGCUUCCCAUUUUGCCAUUCAUGGUUUCAAUUUCCUUCCUACCCUUCUCAAGGAUUUUAAUGGCUUUUAGUCUCCCAGAAAUUCUAUACAGUGUAUCUUAUAUUGGUAAAAAAUUUGUUUGGUAAUCAAGGAAAUAAAUGUUUUUUGUAUUUAACAAUAAAAA